AUGGAGGUGCAUGAUUGGUAUACGGAGGAGGGGGGGCCGAUGGGGGGGGAGACGGGGUUUUUUGAGCGCGAGCGAAGCCGACUGAUUGCGGAUAUCUCCAAGGGCGUCGAAUCGAUUGUGGCCAAUACCAAUCUGCUCAAUCGAAAGAUCGAAGAAUCGAUCAGUGUCGGUAACGAGUUCCACCCCAUAUCCGAACUAUGGUCCAAGUUCCAACGCAUCAUGGUCGCCAGUGGAAUACCCAACCUGUCCGCACCAGAUGCGCCCAACUCGUCCACCACUCCGCACGACAACAUCCAGUCCCCACCAGACAACACCGACCACAUCCACCAACACCAACCUCACUCGUUCAAGUUCCUAGACGCCCCCUCGACUACCACCUCUCUUCCUCCCGGUGUCGCCCCCGGCGGUGGCCGCAUCUACGCCUAG